GUUUGGUUCAUUCUCUGCCCAGCUACUGUCUGACACGACAAGGCGACAAGGGGGAGGCAGCCAUUUUCCUUGGUGAAAUUUCUCACGCCUCUAUUUAUGUGUCGAUUUAUUAUGGCCCAAGAACAAUGUGAAGCAUUGUUCUUACCUGUAACUAACGUUUGAGAGAAGUCGACGCUACUCCGAUGCAUCUUUCCUUACUGUCAGUUCGCUAAAAAGUCAUCAACUCCUGUCAAAAUGAAGAAACUAUUUUCAAGAAUUGAAACCAAAAUUGACACGACUUCUAAAGAGCCCAGCAAUUAUGUUGGGAAAGUUUUCACUGUCGGUAGGCAGACUGUUACUGUAGAAGAAGUGAUAGCAGAAGGUGGUUUUGCUGUAGUUUUCCUUGUGAAAGGAAAUAAUAGCAAGCGAUAUGCUCUCAAACGCAUGUAUGUCAACAAUGAUUUUGAUCUCAAUGUUGCAAAAAGAGAGAUUCAAAUUGCUAGUAACCUCAGUGGUCAUAAAAACAUAAUAGGAUAUGUUGAUGCCAGCAUUACACCAACCAGCAAUGGUGUCUAUGAAGUCUUACUGUUGAUGUCCCACUGCAAGGCAGAUGUCUUGCAGAUGAUGAAUGCAAGGUUACAAUCGGGUUUUACUGAAGCCGAGGUUCUUCAGAUAUUUUGUGAUAUGGUAGAAGCUGUUUCAAGGCUUCACCACUGCCAAACUCCAAUAUCUCACAGAGAUUUGAAGGUGGAAAACAUCUUGGUGAACGAACAUGGACACUAUGUCUUAUGUGAUUUUGGUUCUGCAACAGCCAAAGUGCUAAAUCCUGAAACUCAGGGUGUGCCAGCUGUUCAAGAGGAGUUGCACAAAUACACAACACUUUCCUAUAGAGCGCCUGAAAUGGUAGAUUUAUAUAGUGGUCAAUCUAUAGGAACUAAAGCUGACAUUUGGGCUUUGGGCUGUUUGUUGUAUAAAUUAUGCUAUUUCUCACUACCUUUUGGUGAAAGCACACUUGCCAUACAAAGUGGAAAUUUCUCUAUCCCAGACAACUCGAGGUAUUCUAGGGGUAUGCAUAGUCUUAUCCGGUACAUGCUUGAGCCAGACCAAGAUAAGAGACCAGAUAUUUUUCAAGUAGCCACAAUAGCUUUUACCUUAGCUGGCAAAGAUUGUCCAGUUCCAAAUUUACAUAAAGUCCCUGUGCCUUCUUUGGACCAAUUGCCUCUGGCCCAGAUGGAAAGUGAGAUUAAAAAGGUUCCAGUCAAGGUUUCAAAACAAGCUGCUGUUCCAGUGGUGGAAGGGACAAGUGUUGCUCCAAGGCAGAGGCCAAAGGGAGGCCCCACUAAAGCUGGCGUUCUCUCAAUUCCCAUCCGAUCUUCACCUACGCCAACCUCUUCCAAACGCCCCGCUGCUCCCUCUCCUUCUCCCGCCACUGGUGAUCACUCUGCUGCCGCAUUUUUAAGUCCGUUGCCACCUCCUCCAUUGUCAUCUAAUCGAGAGAUGCAUGUUGGGAAAACACCAGAACCUAGUCCCCAUCUACCCUUACCUGCCCAGGUAUUUUUCCCACCAACAUCCCCUGGCCACUCAGCAGCAGUUGAGAACCCUGGUACUGCCUCUAUCCCUGCAACAACACCGACAUCUCAAUCCACUCCCUGCCCCAACCUUGUUGGUGCUUUGCCUGCUUCUAAAUCAAGCAGCAAAGAGUUCGUAGGACCAGAAGAAGUGCUUUUUCCACCUUCUGGAUACCCUGACCCGUUUCACGAAGGUGAUGGUGGUGCGGCUGCAUUUCCAGGAGUUCCUGGUGGCCUUGCCCCUCCGUCAGGAGUUAAACUUGAAGCUUCGGCAUCACAAAGUAUUGAAAUGCCAAGUCCUCCUGGAUCUCCUUCAUCUGGAAAUGCUCGAUCUCAUAGGAGAAAUGUCAGUGAUACUUCGGCCUUUAACAAAGUUUUUGUUGAUGACACUAGUCAAUUUUUGGCGCCAUACAAGCAUACUCAGUCCCGAGGUGAAUCUAACUCGCCUGAAAAUGCAGACACAUUUAUACUUCCUGGUUCCCAGGGAGCAACAAUCAAUUGUAAUGCUGAACAGAAGCCACCAGGUGUAUCUGCCUCUCAUAACGAACUUUCAAAGAUGUCAAAUGCACCAGGAAAUAGCAGAGUUGGCCAUUCCUUAUCAGAGGAAAUUGCUGACUGGAAUCCAUUCCAUGAGCCUUCUAAACCGGAGCAUUUAUCAGAAGAUCAAUUCUUUGGUGCUGAAUUUGACAAAAUUCGCAGGGGAUCUCAAAGCAGUAUCUCAAAUGUGAAGAGCCGUGAAAGCCUAGUGAUGACAUACUCAGACAGUGCAGAGGAUCCUUUUAGUUCAGCUCCAUUUAGUUUGCCAAACUCAAGACAAAACAGCUGCAAGGAGAAGAGCUCAUCAAAGAAGUCAUCAAGCGGAGAGUCGCGCACCAGCAGGAAAGAAUGGAAGGAAAUUACAAUAGAUGGAGUUUGUUCUGAAAAACCUGAUGCUGCCAGUAACUUGCACCUUUCACCUCCAUUUGUUCGUGCACCUGCUGAAGAUCGUUCAAAGUAUGAAAAACUUACUUACGAUAAUGCAGACAAUUCCUCCGAUGAAAGUGAACACUCUGGUGUGAUCCAUGAAAGACACGAUAAAUCAAGAAAGCGGGUGGAACGCCGACAAUCCUUAUCAAGUAACAGCAGCCAUAAGAAGACUUCAACCCACUUGCAAGCUCGAGUUACCAAGGUGGAACGUCAGAUCUGUAAUACAAAUGCCUAUCUCUCUGAUGACUCCAUUGGGUCUGCAAGUGAUCUACGUGUUAAACUAAAUGAUGAAGAAAAAGAGGAAUAUGAAUCGGAAGGAGAAUCUGAUGAGAGGACCAUGGGCAAGAAAACUACCUCAUCUCGUUUGUCUCAUCGAUGCAGCUUUAACGAGUUGGAGAGUAUUAAUACUUGUGGUUCAUCUGCUUAUCAUGCUGAGUGUGACAGUGCUACUACUCAUGAUGAAAACUGCUCAGCAUCUUCUCAGAGUCGAAGGAAAAGAGAGAGAAACAAACACAGUUCUGUCACAAACAUUGAAGCUGAGAGUGAUCUUCUAUUUGUUGGCCAUCAAUAUGGAGAAAAGCCGCUUUUAGCUGAUGAUGAAUUGGAUUCCGAAGAAGGUGGAUACUCAAGCGGCAACAUAUCUCCAAGGCUUGAAUCACCAAAUGCUUCAUCAAAAAAAUGCUGGGAUGACCAAGCAGCUGUGGAUGUCUUUGCUCUUGCUCCAUUUCCCUCCAUGAUUUCUCGAGAAGCCCAGCCAUCUAAGUUAAAGGAGCCUGUGGAUGAUUUAAUUGUUACGGAGGGAUCUUUGGUUGAUUUACGUGACUCUUCAAAGAAGUUACAAUUACAAGUUGAACAUGUUGUUAGCAAUCCUCUCAGCCCUUUGAGAGGAAGCACUCCUAUUCAUGUCAGACCGGAGCAAAAAGGAACUGAAAAGACAGAGGAUCUUUUUGGGUCACUGCCCUUUGGAAGCUCAACAGUAGUGGAGAAUCCAUUCAAGGAACCCAUAUCUCGGAGUAGACCAAACUGUGUCUCUUUGUCAAGUAGUCAAAAACCGAUCUCAGAGCACUCCCCCACUGUUCAACCUUUACCUGAUUUAAGUGGUCGAAAACUUCCAGAACUCAGAUCAUUAGAUUCUGAGCUGCGAGGUGCUUCAUCGCAAGCAAGUGCCAGUGCCUUCUAUAGUCAGUAUUGCUCCUUUCCUGCUCCCUCGUACACGGCUCCGAGCAUGAGCAAAAUGGAGGGUAAACCAGAAAGAGCAGAUUUAUUUGGAUCUACACCAUUUACAUGUGAAGUUAAAAUGCCUUCUCAAUCAAGUUGUCCCAGCUCGUUGAACCUUAGUCAAAAUUCUCAAGAGCUGAAGCAACCCUGGCAUGCUACCUCUUCAAACUCCCUGUAUCAAACCGUCUCAGUAUUACCAAGUCAUCCUGAAGCAAAUUCUGAAACUUCAGCUGCAUUGAAAAAGGAGUGGUAUGAUAAAGAUGGAAAGUAUCAUUUAAUAGAUGGCACUAGGGCACCUGGGAAAGCUAAUAUUCUGCCUGUCAAACAUGUUCUUAAAACAAAGAUAGCUACUCCAUCUUCAAGUAAAAAGACAAAGUCUAGCAAAAAGUCUGAGAAAGUUGGAGGUUUUCAAAACAUGAGCUUUGAAGAUUUCUCCAGUGACGAUCCUGCUGAGCCUUCUGCAGAUAUUAAUAAAUUUGAGGUGCUGCGCAAUGACUCAUCUCGGACAGUAGAUAUGGAAAGAAAAGGAUCUUUAAAGAGAAGAAGUAACCCUUUUUCUUGAGAUGAAUUUAUAUUGGAUUUAAUUAGGCAGCUGGUAUUAUCAAAGAAAGUAUGAAAGACAUCAUAUUUAAAAAAAAAAAUAGUUUUAAAGACUUGACUGAUUUAUAGUAACCUUGCACUUUUAUUAAAAAAUAUUGAUGUCUGGACCAUUCUGUGAGCUAUUUUACUGUGAUGAAUAGUGAAUUUGUUACCUGAUGCAUUGAGGAAAAUGGCACAUCCUAUUUGGAAUUCUCUGUUAGAAGCUUGUACAGUAUUUCUAGCUUUAUAAGCUUGUCUAAAUGAAUCUGGGGCAGAAAGAAAGCAAAGAGCAUUGUGAAAUUUUGUUUAUGUGUGCUUUGAUUUUCAAGCUGAUAUAUUUCAAAAGGUAUGAAAAUGAGAAUACAUAUGAGGUUGCAGAGAAUGUGCUAAGAAGGGUGCUGGAAUAAUGAAAAUUAAGGCACGGCGCGCCCUGGGUGUUAUCUCUCUAUCUCUCGCAGCACAUGUACUACCUGUACCCUCAAAAUGUUCUUUAGUAUUUAAGAGACUUUAGGUACCCUGGAAAAAAGCUCUAAUGGACUUUAUGUUAAUAUUCUUUCUGAGAUUCUUGUCACAUGUCAUCUUCACCUUUUUAAGUGUUUAGUGCAAAAUGAGAGCCAUGUUACAAUCAAGGGUUACAAUUUUGUUGCACUAUCGUGAUAAAUGAUUGCUUACAACCUCAACUUUGCACUCAUGGUAUCAAUUUAUUUUUUAUAAGAGACUUAAUUCUAGAUUUCCUUGUACAUUAUUUUGUUACAUACUUAUUUAUUUUUCAUGUUUCUUUUGUUGUUCUUCUUUUUUUUUCUAGUUCUACACAGAAAUUUAUAGUGAAGAUCUGGGUGAUAUUGGUUUUGUUUCGUUUAUCAUGCAAUAUCCCUAGCAUGAGAUUUAAUUUGAUGGCCCUAGGUAAUGAUUGAUUUGACUUCAAGAAGGUAUUACUUAAUCGAAUCCUGACUUGCAUCCUUCUUCAUUAAAUUUCAAGAAUCGGAGAGGACAUAUUUGUUGUAACUACUUGUUCUACAUUUCUGUGAUGUCAUUUUCUCUUGCCAUUCCACCUGUAUGAAGGUCCUUUUUUGUUUCCUUGUACAGAAAGUAUUAUUUCUCUGAAUAAUUUUGGACAAUUAUUCCGACUAUAUAGAUGCACCACCUCUCAAGAUUUGUAAGAUACCCAUUGUCCUCCCAGUGUUGGAUGCGAAACCAGUUAGUGAGUGAUCUGAACUCUGAUGUCAUGCAUGAUUCAGUAGUAUUCCAUUUUGCUUGAAAAAUAAAUAACAGUGCGGGAAGGAAGUGGAUGAGUGUUGCUGAUUAAGUGUUCCCUUCAUAGAGAACUUGAGAAAAAGCUCUCUUGAGUUUUUGUUUUGUUUUCUAUAAUUAUUUUGCUUUUAGUUCUAGAUGGACUUAAUAUCUGAGACUUUGACAUACUUAAACAUAACUCUGUAGGAUGGAAAUCUGUAGAAUGGUUACAGGUUUACUUGUGUUAUCUGCUUCAAAUUUUUUAUGUGAAGUGGUAUGAUAUAUAUAGAUAUAUUUAUAUACAUAUGAGUUGUAGUUAAAAAGGGUCUGUUUGAUAGAUAUUCUCACUGUUAGCGCCUGCAUUCAAAUGGAGUUUAACGCUUUGACUAUUUUUGGUUGUGUAACCAACUUAGUCAUAUGUGUUAAUUUAAAGCUUUGUUCAUUUAGUUCUUCAGAUAGGGAUUAGGUGUUUGCAAUAGUACAACUGCUCAACACCUAGAGGCUUGUACCAAAAAGGCAAAGUUAGUCAUAAACGUCAAUUUAUUAUUUCUUUAUGUUGUAAAUUAUUGUAUGCAUACUGUUGUUUGUUACAAAAGUUCCCCCCCCCUUUUUUGUGAAUAAAUAUAUCUUUGUAAAACCAUGGGA